AUGGAUACGGGUCAUAACUUCAAAGUCUUAGAGCAUAAAGCUGCUGGUCACGACGGCACUCUAACUGAUGGUGAUGGGUUGCUAAUCUUCAAACCGGCCUUGCCACAGGAACUGGAAUUCUAUAAAGUUGUACAGGCGAGAGACAUGAGUCGGGAUGAGCCACUGGCCAGCCAGGAUGCUCCUUUACACUCUUGGAUGCCCACGUAUCUUGGAGUCUUGGACGAAGGGGCUAAAGUUGGCAGCGGUGGCAAUGCCGGGCUUUUAGAGGUAGAUCAGCGGUUGAGUGAUUCUACAGAUGACCUCGACUUGACAUCCUCGCAGGCCAAUGGAGACAAGAAAUACCUCGUUUUAGAAAAUCUGCUAUACGGGUUCAGUAAACCUAACGUACUUGAUAUAAAAUUAGGUAAAAUAUUGUAUGAUUCGAAGGCACCAUUGGAGAAAAGGGAAAGAUUGAAAAAAGUCAGUGAAGAAACGACUUCAGGCUCUUUGUGUUUUAGGAUAUGUGGCAUGAAAAUACAGAAGAACCCUUCGGUACUGGCCCAGUUAUCGCCUGAACACUACGAAGAAGAAGCAGAAACUGAUUACGUCUUUAUAAAUAAGCUAUAUGGACGCUCGAGGACUGACCACAACGUCGCAGAUGCCAUUGCCCUGUAUUUCGACAAUCCUCACCUGUCGGAUACCAGGAAACACCAAUUGAAGAAAAUGUUUCUGAAAAGACUACAGUUAUUUUACAAUACUAUAUUGGAGGAAGAGGUUAGGAUGAUUUCAAGUAGUCUUCUGUUUAUUUAUGAAGGGGACCCAAAGCGAUGGGAUUUGUUGCAUGAUACCGAUCAGCUAAUGCGGGAUGAUUUCAUAGACAGUGACGAAGACGACGAUGAGGAGGUAGGGGAAGACAGAAAACAAAAGGAUAAAAAAUCCACUUGUCUGAGUUCGAUGUCAUUAAUAGACUUUGCACAUGCAGAAGUAACCCCAGGAAAGGGCUAUGACGAAAACGUCAUUGAAGGAGUCGAAAACUUGCUGGGUAUCUUCAUGAAGUUUUGA